UCCGUUUGCUUCCGUUUAAGAAAUGUUUUGCAACCGAUUCGGCGUAAUGAACACGCUCCAGCGUGAUCAAUGGAAGAUGGCGACGCGAGUCCUUCAGAGAUUUGGCAAUGGCCUGAGUCAGGCAAAAAACACGGCCCAGUCAACAGGACAGACCGUCGUUUUAUCCAGGGGGUUGUCAGCGUCAAACCAUAGGAGUCGUGAAGACAGCUGGUUCAAGUCGCUAUUUGUGCGUAAAGUUGAUCCCAGAAAGGAUGCCCACUCCCACUUGCUUACCAAGAAUGAGGAAAGCAACCUCUACAAAAUCCAGUUCCAUAACGUGAAACCAGAGUGCCUGGAUGCCUACAACCAGCUUUGUGAGGAGACCCUGCCAUCUAUCCAUAAUGAUAAGUACUAUCCAUGUGAGCUGGUGGGUACCUGGAACACCUGGUAUGGAGAGCAGGACCAGGCUGUCCAUAUGUGGCGGUAUAGAGGAGGAUACCCAGCUCUGACUGAGGUCAUGAGCAAACUUAGGCAGAACAAGGAGUUCAUGAAGUACCGGGAGGAGAGAGGAAAGAUGCUGUUGUCUCGUAGGAACCAACUGCUCCUGGAGUUCAGCUUCUGGAAUGAGCCCAUCCCCAGGAAGGGACCCAACAUCUACGAGCUCAGGUCCUACCAGCUCAGACCUGGCACCAUGAUUGAGUGGGGUAAUUACUGGGCCAGAGCUAUUGGCUACCGCCAGCACAAUAGUGAGGCUGUCGGAGGGUUCUUCUCCCAGAUCGGAAACCUCUACAUGGUGCACCACCUCUGGGCUUACAAAGACCUUGAGGCCAGAGAAGCCACAAGGAACGCAGCUUGGCAACAUGAGGGUUGGGAUGAGGUUGUGUAUUAUACAGUUCCUCUCAUUCAGCACAUGGACUCCAGAAUCAUGAUCCCAAUGAAGUCUUCCCCGCUGCAGUAACCUAUGAGAGAACACAGAAGGCCGAAUGCCAAACCUCACCUGUUUUUAAAUGUAACAAAGUAAAAAAUCUCACUGCCGUGGUCUCAAUCUCUAGUUAAUGUUGCCAACCAACCCCCCUCUGAUUUGCUUUCUUUUACUUUACCCAUUUCUGACUUUGCACCCGCAAGCAAUAUUUGGUACUCAAAAAACAUCACUGAGACACAGGAGGUUAAAAUAUUGUAUCCCAUCUGGAAACUGACUAAAAUACUCUUUCUAUAAUUGGAAGAACUCUAAGGCAAUGGCACGAGAGCUCAACAGUGCAAAAUCAGCAUAUUGAAACCUCCUGAUAGUGGUUGGGUGGAGAACUGAUGUCCAACAUAUUGGGUCAUAUUAACACUGGUCACUUGGCCACAGCAGAUCUAGUAUAUAUUUUUUUUAGAACCAACCAAAGUGCUGCUUUGGAAAGAAGGCUAGCCUAGCAGUGUGUUCUGUUUGCAGUGAAGAAUUGGGCAACUGGGGCACAACUUGACAAAAAAAAAAUCACUAUAGAUGCACAAUGUGUGAUUUAGCGGUUAUUGUUUAUUUAAUGUAAAUAUAUGAAUCACAUUGUUGCAUUGCAAAAUUACUUUUGGCUGAAAUCUGAUCUAAGAAAUGCUGUUACUGAUUAAAACGGAGUGCUAGAAAGACAGUCCAAAUGGCAAGUGCAUUGUUACUGUAUUUUGUCAGAGAAUAUCUACUUAAUGGUCAAUUAUGUAACUUUGAAGUGAAGGCACUGAGCGGGAUAAUUUCUUCUUGGGAUAAUUUGUGUAUUAGUAUUGUACUGUUAGACAUUUACUGCACUGCUGGAGCUAGAAACACAAGCAUUUCGCUGCACCAACUUUAACAUCUGCUAAUCUGUGUAUGUGAAAAAUAAACUUGGAUUUAUUUGAGAACUGGUAUGAUGAAUACAGAGCUAAAGCCCAUGCCUAUUUUAACCCAAAA